AUGCCUCCAUCCACGGUUUUCUCGUAUUGGCGUCGAGACCACCGGCGCUCGACCGCGCCCGCGUCCUUGCUUGCCCCGACUCUAGCACCGAAGGGCGCUGCAGAAAGCCCGAUCAACACUCCUCCCCAGUUGCCAGAGAUUCCUGAUACUCCGACUCUCACCUCGCCAUUCGAGGACGGCCCUCCCUCCCUCGAUGCCCCGCCGUGGAUUGAUUCGCCCGUGGAACAAGAUGCCUCGAAGCUGAGCUACAAUACUACAUCAAUCCCGCUGUCCUCCUCCGCAAGCCUUGCUGCUCCCUCUCCGUUGGCCGAAAGAGACAGUCGCCCCCACUCGAGUCCUGAAGAACACAACCCUGAAUUGGUCUUCACAUCGCAACCCAAUACCUCCCAGCUGUCCGUCUCUGGCCUCCGGCCUGACCAGGGCGAUGGCGAUUUAAAUUCAAAGCCGACAUCACCGUUUCGACUUUCAUUUGGAAAGGGGCUGCGGAAUCUGCAGGCACCUUCCAAUGAUCUGCAGAAGCGGUCGCCGACAGCAGGAUCUGGACAAAGUCAUUUUCGACUGAGGAGCUCACCAGAGGAUUCACCGGCGGAUAGGGUCAAUCUUUCGCAGAGAGACUUUAAGACAGAUGGGGGAUAG